AGGUUGCGCUGCAAGAGGAAUUCACGCAGUUGGGCCUAAUGCCGCUCAUCGAGGAGCUGUCCAAGUCUGCACCGCCCGCCCUCAAGGAGCAGAUGGACGCAUACCAGGACAACUUCCUGAACGUCGCAGAACUGGCGCGUGAAGCCGAGGCGCGUGUGAAGGACUUGGAGCGCAUCCAGGAACUGGAGGUGUCACUGGCUGACACGAAGAAGGCGGCGGAGAAGGAAGAGGAGCGUCUCACAGGCGUUAUAAGCGAGCUGCACAAGGACCUUGCGGACAGCAAGUACCAGUGCGAUGGGCUGCAGGAGCGGCUGCAGGAGGAGAAGGCGGCGCACGAGACGGCCGUGUCGCGCUACAGCCACGAGAUAUCUGUCCUCAAACACGACCUCCAGUCCACUCGCGACCAGUUCCAAGCCGCCGCCAAGAAAUUGGAGGAGGCGAAUUCCGUUGCGGAGACACUUCGACGCAUCGAGCGCCCGCAAGACGGCUCCAAAGUUGUGCUGACUCGCGACAACUUCACGUCAAUGGAUGAACCGCUGGCCACGGACGCGCCAACCACCGCCGCACCACCACCCGAUACUGCGCCUACGACUCCAGCUGUCGCCCCGCCACCGCCGCCGCCACCACCUCCACCUCCACCUCCACCUCCACCUGCACCAGCAAUGCCAACGACUGCUGCUGGCCCGAAGAAGAGGAAGAUCCAGGUUGACGUGAAGCUGCCGCUGCUCAACUGGUCAGCGCUUCCAGAGCACCGCAUCCAGGGCACUGUCUUCCAGGACAUUGACGACGAGGCAAUCUUUGAGUCGGUCAACUUCGACUCGUUCAAAGAGGCCUUCAAGCUCCAGUCUCAGGCUACAAACAAACACAAGGCCAAGGCCAAUCGCCCAGAGCAAUUCCGCGACGUUCGCAAGGGCCCUGACACCGUACUUGACCUCAACCGCGCCCGCAACCUCGCAAUUGCGCAGCGGCGGCUUGGGACGGAGGUGGACGUGAUCAUCAGCAACAUCGAGGCCCUGAACAGCGACGCGCUGCCCGGAGACAAGGCGGAGCUGCUGCUGCACGACUUUAUGCCCACGAAGGAGGAGCGUGAUCUCCUGAACAAGCAGCACGACAGCGGCAAGGCCAUGGCUGAGAUUGACCUCUUCGUCUACAGGCUCUCGCGUGUGUCGCGUCUUCAAGAGAAACUGCAGCUGCUCGUCUACCUCGACUCGUGCCAGGAGGCCCUUGAAACUAUCAAGCCGAACGCGGAUGUCAUUGUUGCUGCAAGCGAGUCAUUGCUUGCAAGCAAGAAAAUCAAGAAACUGCUGGAGAUCAUUCUUGCCUUUGGCAACUACCUCAACAGCCAGCGCCGUGGCUGUGCCUACGGCUUCAAACUCAGCGCAUUUGACCGCCUGCUUGAUAUUCGCUCACGCGACCGCAGCCAAAACCUGAUGAACUUUGUGGCGGACGUCGUCAUGCACAAAUUCCCGGACGUGCGCAAUUUCCAGAACGACCUCGUCGCCCUUGACAAGGCUGCAGCAGUGUCGCUUGCAUCGAUGGAGGCAGAUGUUGUCUCUCUCGAACGCACAGCAACAGCGGUCACUGCUGAGCUGGAAGUCGACGCCACACACCCAACACUCCUCAACUUCAGAGACGCCGUCAUGCCCCGCAUCGAUGCUGCGCGUGAGAUCUUCAACCGAGCCAAGGCGUCGUACUCCCGCGUCACGAAAUACUUUGCAGAGGAUGUUGCGACCGAGCCGAGCGUGCUGUUUGGCCUCUUCAUUCGCCUUCGCCGCUACUUUGAGCGUGCCGUGGAGGAGAAUGCAGAGCGCCAGCGGCUGCUUGAGGAAGCGGCGCGGAAACGAAGCGACCAACUGCUGGCGGCGGCAGAGGAGGAGGAGGAGCCCGCAGAUACACGUAAACCACAAGGAUACAUGGAGAUCGUGGGCGACAACGCACCAAAGCUGCGCACUGUUGGGCUCCGCUCGGAAGUUGGCGAUGGCGACAUCGAUCAAAUCAUCACCGACAUGCGCACCGUUGGCUUCCGGCGCCCAGGCCUCGAGCAUCACAAAGCCAAGGAGAAGCGAGAGAUUGGACAACAAGAAGGGUUUGAGGCGUAUACGGCCGCCCGACCGUGGCUCAAAUAG